CCCCUCGAGCUCUCACCUACCAAAUCCGUCGAAACACGCACAGCGGACAGUAAAACAAUUAUCCUUAAUCCUCCACGUCGUGCUCUACAUCUCAAUGGCCGCCCAUAAAACCCAGUGGUGGCGUGAGCUGAACGGCGCCGAUCCAUUUUCUUCCUCUUCGACAGGAGACAAGCCCAUUACCCCCCUUCCUGUUCCUCCCGCCGCUGCUAUCGUGCAAGAACUUGGUACCAGAGAGUGUGUGUGUGAGAGAGAGGAACGAUUCGUCGGUGCCAUGGCGCCGCCGAAGAGGCAGCUGGCCCUGACGGGCGCCGGCGCAGGCCGGGAGGAGGCGAAGCGCCUGCGCGUCGGGGUCGCCAAAGCCAACGCCGCCGGCUGGCGUGCGCCGACAUCGCCGGCCUCGCCGGGGACGCGGCUCAUGCGGCGGACCGUGCUCGUCGUGCUCUUUCUACUGCGAAUGAGCGACGGGAUCACGGUGACGGAAAGCAUCUCCCAGAUUGGUCGCAUGGUUCAGAGGAAGAUGGAAGGGAUUCAGAAGGUUCAGGCUCUUAUGAUGCGCAAAUUGGAAAAUUUAGAGGAGAAAGUGGAGAGCAUGAGCCAUGAAGUGAAGAAAUUGGCACGUUUGCAUUCCAAUAGACACGCCGAUAAAUACCCAAGAUCAGAACCAUAUCAGGAGGGUGCCACUUUGAGUGAACCGAAUGCCAACAUUCGCCUGCGUUUCCUGGAUGGCCUCAGGACUCCAAUUUACACAGACAAGAUUAUAACAUCUCAGAGCAAUGCGGCUAUCAGGGUUGGCGUCUUUGAUGGUGAAAAAAUGAUCAAUGAAGGCCCGCUUUCGAAGGCGAAAGUUGAGAUCCUGGUUCUCCGUGGCGACUUCUGCAGUGACGGUCAGGAGAGCUGGACUGAAGAGGAGUUCAACAGCCACAUAGCGCAAGGCCGGCACAGGCAAGGGUCAGUGCUGGGGGGCGAUUGCAGUGCGUGGUUGAACAAUGGGGAGGCAUCAUUGGGAAAAAUCCGCUUCAGAGAAGGAUCAUCCAGGACUCCCAGUAGGAAGUUCAUCGUCGGAGGAAGAGUGUGCAUGAACAGGAAGAUCGGUGGUAUUCGAGUCCAGGAAGCUGUCAUGGAGCCGGUCACUGUGCUGGAUCGUAGGAAUGAAGCAAAUGAGAAGAGACACCCUCCAAGAUUGGACGAUGAAGUCUAUCGCCUGGAAGAAAUCUCCAGAGAUGGAAUUUACCACAGGAGGCUUAAGAAUGUUCAUAUCUUCACAGUGGAGGACUUCUUGAAGGCUUUGAAUAAGGACGCAGACGUGCUCCGUGAAAUGGUCCUCGAGAUCAAGAAGCGCAGUAACGCUUGGGAAAGAAUGGUUAAGCAUGCCAGGGAAUGCUGCCUCGCAGACAGGCCUGAGCUCAAAGCAUAUCACAGUGUAGAGGGGAAUGUGGUGAUCUUCUUCAAUUGCGUGCAUGAUCUUGUUGGAGCAAUUUUUUAUGGUGUUUACGUUUCACGGGACAAUUUUGAUCCGGCUAAGAAGGCUCAAGCGUAUGAGUUGAAAGAGUGUGCGCGCGGUCAGUUGGACAUCCUUCCGUUUGACUAUGUGAUGAAUGGCAAUCUUCCUGAACAAGUUCCCUCUAGCACACAUUCUACUCUGGAUGCAGCAUUCAUUCUUGGGCCGGAUGUCGCGCUUCAACCAAAUGAAAACCAGUUGCAGGAUAGGAUCAACAAUAUCACUGAACCAUCUCACCAGAAUGAGUAUAUUCAUGGUGAUCAGAGCACAGUUAACACACAUUAUUUCCAAGGAGAAAGUAUUCUACCAGUUGGUCAGCAGCAACCUACAAUUUUCACUGGUGAAUUGCUACACUGGCCCUACGAAAGUGAGCAAUCGGAUCAGGUCAAGUGAACAUCCAUAGCCAGAUGCAAGCUCCCAUGUCCAUGGAUGGCGGAGGUGUCAUACAGGCAUCAACGUCUGUUCAGCACAACCUUCUACCACAAUUAUUUGUUCCUACUCAAGUCCAAGAAAGCAUGCAUGCCAUCCAUUACUCUGAGAAUCCACCUAACCAUGCUGUUGGACCAUCGACAUGGCACGAUGAUAUUUAUCCCUGAACCGGAGCCUAGCGCCAAUCUAUUUCCCGGACCGGAUUAUGGAAGCUUCUAGCAAGCGAACACUUUCCACAAUGCAGUUUAGACCGUGUACCAUCAUGGUUGUGUGUUGUGUGUCACUAUAACUUAGGUGUCAGGUUGUGAUAUACGAGUAGUAUUACUUUCAGUCUCAAGCAUUGUAAACUGUAUGUUUGGACACAAAAUUGCUUGCCCCUAUUCUUUCCUAUUAGAUGUUUUCAACAUUGUACAAUGAUGUCGUGUGGGAUCUAAGGGUGUGUUGUAACUUAGGCAAAACAUUUUGUUGUCUGCGCGCCCACUUAUGUUUAAUUGAUGUUUAUAUGUUUUGGAA